AGCAGGGAAGAAAUAUGGAAGAAGUAUGGAAGAAAUAUCUAAAAAUCUGUGGAUGAAAUCUAAAUCUACGGAAGAAGUAUGGAUGGAGAACUGGAAGUGGAGGAAAAUAGAACACCGAAAUCCUUCAACUAAUUCGUUGUGAACAGGAGUAUCUUAUUUAGGCUGAAUGGAAAACUAUAGGCGAUCGGCAGAUCGAUAGAGCAUCAUAGCACGACACUUGAAGAUGUUUAAGUUCGUUCCGUUGCUUACACAUCGAUCAUCGAGUCUGGUAAUCCUACGAAAUAGUUUUAAGUCGUCGGCGAGAAGAAGAGAUAUGCAGAGGAGAAUUUUGGCUAAAUGCUCGUGACGAAGAAGAUGAAGAGGCGAAGUCCGAAGUGAGAGAUUUUUUAGGAACACCAGAUAGAGCAUAUUAAUUGGCGCGGAUUUACAUUUCGAACUCUUCGAUCUCGAAGUCGUCUGGUUAGAUAACUGAGAUAAUCCAAGCGACAAGGUUGAUGUCUUCGACAAGGUGAUUAAGUCUGAUAAUACACGGGCCUAUGGCGAUGACCCUGAGACAGUGGAAAACUGUUGGAGGGCCGCGAUCCAAGAAAUGCGACGCAACGGCUGUUGGCAAAUUUCGACCGAUCGAUUCAGAAAGCGCUUUCGCAAGUCGAAGGAUCGCUGGAAGAAGAUUGCGCGGUACCGCAAGGAAAGUCUAUCGAAGAGGACAGAGUCGCUAUCGAGAAAGAUUAACUCUUCCACGAGAAAGAAUAUUGCCUGGACAGAGACCUCGUCCUCGGAUUCGCGAUCAGCCAAGGGUCCAAGAUAUCCUCGAGCAGGUUCGAUCGUACUCGGAUUCUCUUGCCAAUUGCCCGCGAGAGAGCCAAGGUGAGAAACGGCCCCGUUCUAUCACCCGAUACGUUAUAUCGUUAUCACGCGGAGAUAGCAAUCGUGUUGGUAGCGCGAGAAACGGUAAGGCAGAAAGUUAUUCUCCUCAGUAUCGUCCGAACGGUAGCCGCGGGAUCUUCACCGAUCUGUUCGCGAGACUACUGGCACGUUUCUCUUUUCGAUCAUGCGGACGAAUCGGGGUGGCAGGACACAGUUCGCACCUCGAGUCCAAGAGAUUGGAAGCUCCUCCGAUCCACUUAGCCGGUUUUCGCCGGGCCGAUCUCCGAAAUCGGGAUCGCUGGUUCACAGUUUCUCAGGACUGAAUUCCGCAGCCGACUCUAAGAAGCUACGUUCCUCGCCAAGAGCAAGCAGGUCUUCGCGGAGCUGUUAGCUAGGAGGCAGCCGUCCUCGAGUUCAGGAAAAAGAGGAGAAACGGGGCUGCGGUAUCGCCGAGCCACAUCUCGAACCGGAGCAUGCCUUCGUCGAACUGGUAGUCGGGGGUGAUCCAUAAAAAAAAGGAAGAGGACAAAGGCAGCCACAGUUUCAGAAGCUACGAACCCAGGGGAGGCCUUCGUCGAACUAGCGUCUCCGCUCUAAGGCCAGGAAAAAAGAGGACCGACAAGAGAACGCGGCAGCGGCGUUCCCGGGUAAAAAAAGACUCGGCAAGAAGAAGAAGAACAAGAGAAGAAAGAGGGUCGACGGGGAAUUCGGGACGAAGUUUUAUUCGUCGGGUAACGGGAAGAGGCGCCCGCCCGGUGUUUACGGCGCAGUAAAGCUCGGAGAAAGCGGAGAAGGCCCGGGAGAGGAUGACGGUGCCACGUGUGCAGCCGUUAGAUAGGCUGCCGGAGAACCAGUCGGGUCGUUGCUCUGAUUGGUUGCUGCUCAGACAGUCCGGCUAUCCCAUAGCAUUGCCACCCUGUCGGUUCGAUGGCCAGCCGGCCGUGCAGAAGCUCGGCAAUGUCAUGAGCAUCGAAAUAGCUCCAGAAAUGCUCCCAGAAAUGCUCCCAAAAAUGACUCCAGAAAUGGCCCUCUACGACGUCUCCCAGCCUUGCACGGGGUCCGCGGCCUGCAUCGAGGAACUACCAUCUUUCUGCAGCCAAUUCUCGGGUUGCUCGGUGAACAAUGGUUCCAGUGCUCCCAGGAGCUGCCCGAUAGACGUCGAAGACCUGGCUCUCUGCUUCGAGUCAGAUAAGCAGCAGGCAAACUGCCUCCCGCAGAGGUUUGGUGCCAGCGCUGCUAAUUAUAGGCGAGUCAAGGCGAAGUAUCCGCAAUACCCGGCUCCUCUGCCGGAUAAAGGACUCUCGGCGUUCGGAGGAUCGAUCAGGGACUGCAGGAUGUAUGUCGGAUACGGAGGAAGUUGGGCCGACGAGAGCUUCUGCAACGGUUGCCCGCAGAGCUUCGGGUUUUGCUCCGAGGAACAGUGGCUGCAGUGCCCCGCCAGCGAUCGGUGUCCCAUUUUUGGGACAAGCUAUUCUCCUUAUGCGACAGACCUGCUGCCACCGUGUGCUUACGAGGACUUCAGGAACGAUUGCUGGCAGUAUGGGUGCAACGAGGAUGAACAGCUGCUGGAGGAUUAUUUGAGUAAUGAGAAGAGGAAGGAAAAGUCUCGGGAUGCUGCAAGAUAUCGUCGCAGCAAAGAGACAGACAUAUUCACGGAAUUGGCGACAGCACUUCCGAUUCCAACUGACCAGGCCGCUCACUUGGAUAAGGCCAGCGUGAUGAGGCUUGCCAUCGCCUACUUGAAAGUGCGCUCUGUAGUCGAGACCAUGCCACCGCCGCUGGCCAAGUCCGAGACAUCGACCCAGAUGGACAAGAUGUUCUCCGAGGCCCUGAACGGCUUCAUGUUGGUGCUGUCCAAUGACGGCAACAUGAUCUACCUAUCGGAAAACGUCAGCGAUUACCUCGGCGUGACUCAGAUGGACAUGAUGGGCCAAAGUGUGUACGAGUAUAGUCAUCCGUGUGACCACGACGAGCUCCGUGAAUGUCUUUCUUCAAAGCCCAGUGAGAGCAAUGAAAAGCGCUGCUGCAGCUUCUUUCUGCGGCUGAAGUGUACCCUGACCAGCAAGGGCAGGAAGGUCAACUUGAAGAGUGCCUCCUACAAGGUGAUCCACUGCACCGGCAGGUUGACGUACAUCCGCGAGCCGGCACCGCGCACCUUGGAUACCGAUGACAAGGAUCGAACCACCGAGGAGGACGGAGUCGUAAAAAGUACUGGCGCCUCUUUGGUGCUGGUCGGAUGUCCCAUACCGCAUCCCAGCAACAUAGAGAUACCUCUGGGACGUCAUACUUUCUUGUCGAAGCAUAGUCUUAGCAUGAAGUUCACCUAUGCUGACGAGAAGUUGGCAGAGUAUCUGGGCUGGAACAGCGAAGAGCUGAUGGGACAGUCGGUCUUCGAAUUCUAUCACGCCCUCGACAAUCUGGCCCUGGACAAAUCUUUCAAGUCACUGUUCAGCAAGGGCCAGUGCGAGACCGUGGCCUACAGAUUCCUGGGCAAACGAGGAGGAUACGCGUGGGUGGUCACGCAGGCCACGCUCAUUCAUUGUUCGAAACAGCAGAAACCGCUGUCCGUCGUCUGCGUUAACUACAUCCUAAGCGGGGUGGAGCGCGAGGAUGAGGUGUACAGCGUGCGUCAACAGGCAGCCCGUGACACCGAGCCGAGCCUCGUGAAGUCGGAGGAGCUGGUCUCGAGCAGCAUCAACGAGACCGCCGAUAAAGAGCAACAACAACAACAACAACAACAACAGCAAUCGGCUUCUCAGCAGCCGGCUGCGACGAAGCUUCGGCUGCAGGUGCAGGUGACCGGCGGUACUGGAGACACCGGAAGCACCGGAAGCGAAGACCUUGAGGAACGAGCAGCGAUCGAGCCGGCGAAGAGCGAGGUCAAGUCUUGCGGCGAGGCUGCCCAGAAAGAGGAACCGAUCGCCGCGAUCGUCGAUCCGGUGAAACCUUUGGCAGUGACGACCUCGACGUUCCGCGCCGCGGUACCGAAACCGAAAAAGGAGCCGGCUGGGCUCCAGGACGGCUCGCGGAAGGAUAACACCUUCCCGAGACCGGUCCGCGACGCAGAGAAAUCGUUCGUCGGCGUGCAAGCGCUCAAGGACUCGCUCGAGGAGUCGCUCAAGGAGAACGACGAGCCGAAACGGAAGCUGCGGGCUGCUCGCCCCUUCAUCUUUCAGGGCAAGCCGGCAUUGGAGUACAAUCCGAAGGCCAAGACGGUCACCAGGCAGCUGUUCGUGCCGAUUUCCCCGCAACAACAGCAGCAGCAACAGCAACAGCAGGAACAGAUCACGUGCAGACCACCGCCGCAGACUGCAACAGCGAGCAUAUUCGCGCCUCGUACCGAGGACAUGAACAAGGGCUUCUUGACGUUCAGCGAGGAUCAACCAGGCCUUACCAUGUUGAAGGACGAGCCGGAGGACCUGACGCAUCUGGCGCCCACGCCUGGCGACGUCUGCGUCCCUCUGGAGGACACGCCAUUCCUCACCGACAUGCUCGACGAGUUCAUCCUCAGCAACGACAACUAUUGUCCCCUGCUCAGCCCGGGAGCCGGCCUGGCCACGGAACUACGCUCCACGGACUUCGGUGAUCCCCUCAAGGACACCGAUCUGAGCGACACCAGGAACAAGGGCUUGGGCGAGUCUUUGGCCGACAGCGAUCCCUUCAUGUACGGCGACUCGCCGAGCAGCCCGUGCAGCAUCGACCCUAACUCCGUGUCACCGUCCCUCGUCAAAUACAGACAAAGUCCAGAGAGAAGCAUAGACUCCCUGGGCAGCCCAACCGGAGGCAGCGGUGCCGAAGGUUUGUCCGAAGACGAGAUGCUGAUGCUGGGCCUGAGCGACAGUAUAGCAGACGAUGAAUUGGCACUGAGAGCUCCCUAUAUACCUAUGUCGGACCAAGACGAAGCGUUGGACCUACUGAUCAGUGACGACAUGGUCAUGUGGAGUCCGCCGCAGACCACGGAGAAAAGCUGUCCAAAAUGGAUGCUGGACGAGAAGGACCAAAGGAUGACGGACUCGAGUCUGGCUCAGCUGCUGAAGACAGACCAAGUGGUCUCCAGAAAGUACAAUGACCACGGGGGCGGCCUGGUGAACCCGGUGCAGGUGCUGGGUCAAAUCCCGAGGAAACAUACUGGCUUGGAUGUCAGUCAUUGGGCCGCGAAGCUGGACAGACCCAAUAAACGCAUCCACACAGCCUCGUUGGACACGGGGACCGAGAACAAGCGUAUCAAAUGCGACGAGUCCAGUCGCCGGGGCGGUCCUCUAGUGCUGGAGGACCAUUUGCUCGGGAAACAACAGCCGUCCAUGCCUAGGAAGCCGGUGGGCAUGGGCGGCAGCCAGCUGCUGCGCCGGCUGGUGUCCCAGCAGACGGUGCAAAGGAGCAACGGCGUCUACCAGGGUGACUGUUUCACGGGCGGUCCUCGCAGGAACGACGUUAGGAGCCUGGGGAUGAACGACAGCGAAGGGGACAGCGGGGGCGGCGGAUGCGAGGGCGGGGGAGGCGGGGACGGGGCUCAGAGCGGCUCAGAGCGGACCUCGGUUGCCGGUUGCAACAGCGUGCUGAUGAACCUUCUGGUGUCCGGCUGCGACGAGAACCUGAUGGAAUCUCGUAACGUGCCCACCUCGCUCUCAAAGAGCUUGACAACACCGUUGUCCGUCAACCUGGAUAACCAAAUGGUGCCUCAGUGUCCUGCAUCCGGAGGAUCAACAGGAUCGUACGAUCAGCUGAGUCCGGACUCGAGCAAACGACUCUCCGGCACGUUCAUCAGCGAAGGAUCGUUGGUCUCGCCGUCUUCGACGAUGAUCAACUUUGAAAACUUUGAUUACGAUCCGAGUUUAACGAGUAGCGGGCUACUACAGGUGCAACCGGACCUGUUCGGGACCCUCUUGGAUCGGGAGCUCGUUUAAAGGACCGUAAAGUCUCAACGAUGAAAAAAUAUGCAGUAUCAAGACGUCACGAUUAUGCUGUGGAAUUCCAUGAAUUUUGUGAAAAUAACAAUUUCUUCAGUCUCCUUUUCCGUCGGAAUUGACGUUUUCGAUAAUAUUUUACGUGGUAAAUUUCUGGAAAUUGUGUACGCAUUAAUUAUUCAUUUAGUCGUUUAGUAAAGAGUGGGACGAAGUGGGACGUUAGUAAAGUUUUUGAUAAUAUUUGUUCUAUUUGUAAAAGCCACAGUCUAAUCAUGAUCACUCUGUGUUGCCUGCGUUUGACGCUGAAACUAUCAACCAAUCUAAACGAUCGCAAACGAUACGUUAGGUGUAAAAAAUGAAUUUCACAUGUCUUUGAAAUAAUUUUCUUAUUAUAUAAGUCAGUGUAAAAUAAAUCCACAAAUCAUUUGCAUAUAUUAUAAGACCAUAAAUGAGGGAUGGGUAAAAUUUUAUUUUAUACUAAAUAUAGUGGAUAGUUUAUUUUAUUUGAAGUUUUAUUUAGAAUUAUUAAGAACACCUGUGAACUUAUAUUAGCGAUUGCGCUAUUGUCAAGUUCUACAGCGACUUAUAAACGUAAAAGUUUCCAAAAUGGCGGGGAAAUAUAUUUGAAGAAUUUUGCAAUUGUAUUUUGUUAAAAGAGAAAUCUGAUGCUUGGUAGACUGGUUUGAUAGUUCCAAUGUUGAAAUGACGGAUCUUAUUUUGUAGAUAAAGAUCUACGAGAUGUAAACAUGGUCCAGAGACAUUAUUGUCUGUUAAUAAAACCCGCACACGCCGUUUCGGUUCGAGAACAGGGCGAUUCGAUGGUCCAUUGAUCACGCGAGAAAGUGCCAAUGCAUUUUUUAGAGAGAUCUAGUUGUUAGGUGACUGCCGAUGGAAAACGGUCCUCGUUAGAUUUCAUUUAGGCAAUUUCGAAGUACGUUCGGCGCGAUUGAACUGUGGAUCUUUACACACUUCUUAAUCGUGUUCUUUGCUAACAAUAUUUCCGUAAAUAUUAUGUACAAGCACAUUUGAAAAAUAAGGGUUCCUGCGAAAAUAGGGUGCUGUGCAAAUUACUCCAAAUUUACAGAUCUGCAUUCUACCCAUUGAGUGAAGUUGUUUCACAUGUCCAAUUUUCAGCAAUAAUUUCAGACCAAAUUUUGCCCUGUAAAUUCGUCAAAUGUACAAUAUUAAAUAAUGACAAUUAACAUUGAUGGAGCAGAUAUGAAUAUUUGGGGUAAACUCGUUGCAGUCGACUAUACAAAAUCGAUACUUCCUGAGAUACUAAAAAAUUGACAUUGAAGUUUUAGGAACAGAUACUGUGCUUUAAGAUGGUGCAUAAUACGUUUAGGAAGUUGUAAGAAUUUUCCAACUUUAUAACAUUGACGUAAAAAAAAAAAUUGGAUACUUGAUGUGUAAUAACCUGACUGUACUCUCGCAUCGCUGGCAAACUCAUUUAUGGUUUACCCACUAGCUAAUCGAGUGGUUUUCUCAUCCAUUGCUUAGUUGAGAUCGAUGAAAAUUGUUAUCGGGAAGGAAAAUUUACGUCGCGCUGAAAACGUGUGGCACCGUUUUACCAUCACGGCGGCCACGGACGAGAACGUCGUCGUUGUUGUUACUGUUUUUUAUAGUUUUUAACAAGGCCAAUCCCGAUUAUCAGUUGUUAGAAAUACGUAUAUAUGUGUAUAUUGUAGCGCGAUUGUCGUUCUUUCGAGACCAUUUUAUUCGGUGAACGCUAGAUUACACGAAAUAUAUAUAUACAUGUGUUUAUACAUAUAUAUUUUUAAUAUCACUUAUCGAUAUAAAUACAGUCACUAUAAAAAAAGCAUACUAAUUUUAUUAAUUUUACUAUCGUCUGUAUUUUUACUCAUGUAACACCACGAGACCAUUGCUAUUAAUCUUUCCUUGUAUUACACUGUCCGGUGCCGAGCGAAAGUACCGCGCCAGCGUAAAUGAUCAGAAACAAAUAAACAGAAUUUCUACUGCC